AUGUCUUCCUUCUUGCUCUCUUCGCGAACGGUAUCGCGCAAUGUGAUGCGUCGCGGCCUUGAAUUUCCUGUACUCGAUUUCCUCGCCCCAAGUACCACAUGCUGCGCACCACGCCAAACGUCACGCCUCUCCAGUACCAUAUCAGCACCGCAACCACCACCUUCACAGUCCGAAUCCCCGCAAUCACGACCCCCGCUACAAACGCAGAAAGAUGGCAAACCAAUACGGCCUCUUACACAAGAGCAGCAAGAGUUCCUCUCCUCCGCAUUGAGAGUGAAUCAGACGGGUGAACUCGCCGCCAUCCUGAUAUAUGCUGCCCAAUCGCCAGUCAUCACACGGUCACACCCGCACUUGCGACCACUUAUGAAGCACAUGUACGACCAAGAGGCAGGCCAUUACAAGUUCUUUAACGAGGUCAUCUCGAAGCACCGCAUACGGCCCACUGCAAUGACACCCAUAUGGACGGCUGCGGCGAGCAUGCUCGGAUGGUCGACCGCUGUCAUGGGUCGUGAGGCAGCCAUGGCCUGUACCGAGGCUGUUGAGACGGAGAUUGGCACCCACUAUAACGAGCAGGUCCGAGUGCUGUUGGACUGGGCAAACAAGUGUGAAGAGCGGGGCGAGAGUCUAGGGCCAGAGCUGGACAAGCUGGUGGUUGAGCUCAGGAGGAUAAGAGACGAAGAGUUGGAGCAUCUGGAUCAUGCGGUAGAGAAUGAUGCCAAGGAGGCAAAGCCAUACGACUUGCUCACUGAAGUCAUAAGAGGAGGCUGUAGAGGGGCCAUCUGGGUGAGUGAACGUGUGUAA